AUGAUUCACGAAGUAAUAGAGGUAUCAUCAAGCGAAAGUGAUGACGCUGAGCAAAUAAUUGUGCAAAGAUUGAAGAAAAGGCGAAAAGUAUGCAGAGUUGAAAAUUAUGUCGAACAAGUAGUGCCGGGUUUGACGACGCAGGAAUUCAAGGCACAUUUCAGGAUGCUCCCUGAUACGUUCCAGUACAUUUUAUCAAUUAUUGCACCAAAGCUACAAAGAGAGACAAGAGGAACUCCUAUGAUUUGCCCACAAAAACAAUUUUUAUUGGCACUCUGGAGGUUUGCCACUCCAGGCUCUUUCAGAUCAAUUUCCGAUCGAUUUGAUCUAGCACCUUUGGUCAUUAAAUGGCCCACUGGAGAAGAAGUUGAGGAAGUAUGGGCAGGAUUUGAAGCUUCUAGCGGAUUCCCAAAAGUCAUUGGUGCUAUCGAUGGCACUCAUAUCAGGAUACCAGCUCCGAAAGUCAAUCCUGAAGCUUAUGUUAACCGCAAAGGCCAUCAUUCAAUCCAGCUUCAAGCAAUCUGCGAUCACAAAGGCCAGUAUACUCAUUGCUACGUAGGACACGUAGGUUCGGUACAUGACCAGAGAGUUUUCCGCCUUUCUGAAGUUCCAUCCUAUUUCGGCAACUUACUCAAAUUUCCUCAGCAGUGUCAUUUGGUUGGAGAUUCUGCAUAUAAAUUGCAUGAAAACUUGUUAACGCCAUAUCGUGAUAAUGGACAUUUGACUGAGAGACAACGUAAUUAUAAUUUUUCGCAAUCUUCUGCAAGAAUUGCAAUAGAAAGAGCCUUCGGACUUCUAAAAGGACGUUUUCGAAGUCUGCUUACCGUACUCGCAGUUGAUCGAGUCAUUAAGAUUCCAAAACAUGUUCUUGCCUGCUGCGUCUUACACAAUAUAUGUUUGACAAGAGAUAACGAUCUAAACAUAGAAGUGGAGGAGGAAGAAAUUAUGGACUGUGAAAUGGCUGAUGAUAAUGAAAGAGUUCGUAAUGCUGUGAAUACAGGCUCGAUAAAACGAGAUACGAUAGCAGGACAAUUACACAUAAGAAAUGUGUAG